AGGAGCAUCAUAACGAGGUAGUAACAUCAUAAACAGGCUGGAGCAUCUUGAGAUGUCGGAGCACUUUAGAGAUGUGGGAGUGUCAUAAAGAGGUAGCAACAUUUUAGAGAAGUAGCAGCAUCUUCAAAAGGUGGCACUUGUAUGCUGUAAUGGGGCACAGUCAAUAUUCUUUAGAUGAACAGAGUCAGAUCAUUUCGAGUUAACCCAGUGAACAUGAAUUCAAUCAUUAGAAUGUCAUCUGUCUCGUAAUUUUACAAGUAAUUUUGGUUGGUGGUGACUUUUUUUUGUUGUUGUUGGUUUUGAACAAGAAUACGUUGUGAAGGUGGCCUGCAAUGGAAAGCAGAGCAGGAAUGCUCAGCCAAGGCUGGAGUGCAGGCCAUAGCUGGGACAGCGCAGCACUGCGCCUGCGCGAAGGGCUCGGUCGCGUCGGAAUUGUCCCCGUGCGAGAGCCCGUAUUACCCAGCGUGCAGCGGGGAACCAAGAUGGCGGGGCCGAGCGGCCGAACGAUGUUGACAAACUAGAGACGGGAUCGGGCCUUGGAUUCGCGGAGCCCGGCGAUGCGAGGAGUGUGCUGCCGAUCUGGCUUUGAAUAGUUUUGGAUUUUACAUCAUGAGUAUUGUUCACGAUAAACUAGCGAACGAAUUCCUCAGGAACGGUGGGAUGGAACCAAACUUCUCUUCUGGUAUGAUUAUGUUCAGUCACCUCCCACCAAUCACAAAUUUUUCCACCCUUGCUGCUCAUUCUGUCGCACCAGCUGUACCUCAGGAUUUGAUCCUUAAAAAGGAUCCCGAUGCUCCAGCAGAAAAAUAUCCUUCAGACUAUAUGCAACCCACCUCGGAUGUUAAAGAGAAAAAGUUCUCCGCACAUGAUGGAUUUGUAUUUUUUAAGAAUAAACUUCUCGAAGAAGAGGAAAUGGGCAGGGGACAGAGCAUCUUAACCCACAGUCUGACUCACACCAGUGUAAAGGAAUUCGAAGGAUGCCAGACACCUUUACUCAAUCGGUCUCAAAUCAGAUAUGAAAAAGAUUACCUCACUGUUCCCAAACAAGGGAAUGUCAAGAGGGCUAAGAAACAGAACUCACAAUCUCAGGAUACAAAACCCAAGCGAAAACGAAGUGAAACAUCCAAGUCUUCAACGGGUGGAGACGGUACCAACCUUCUACACGGUCCGAAGGUUCAUAUAUGUGAGCAUUGCUGUGCCUCCUUCCGUAGUUCUUACCAUCUUCGUCGCCACGUACUCAUUCAUACUGGUGAACGACCUUUCCAAUGUAGCCAGUGCAACAUGUGUUUCAUUCAGAAGUAUCUGCUUCAAAGGCAUGAGAAGAUCCACAGUGGAGAGAAGCCAUUCUGUUGUGAUCAGUGUAAUAUGAGGUUCAUCCAGAAAUAUCACAUGGAGCGACACAAACGGACACACAGUGGAGAAAAGCCUUAUCAGUGCCACACUUGUCAACAGUAUUUUUCUAGAACAGACAGAUUAUUAAAGCACAGACGAACAUGUGGUGAAGUCCUUGGUAAAAGUGAAAAUGGAAUGGAGCCUGGGCCAUCAAAUCAAAUGGGGAAUGGUUGCUUCACAUCAACUCAGGGAACUACAGGUCCACGCAAGAAAACAAAAUCAAAAGCUACAUCUCAGGAGACUAAGGAGAAGACAGCUCGCAAAAAGAACAAAUCCAACAUUUCUGAACUUCCAAGUAGCUUAACCACCUGCAAAGAUAAAUUGUCUGUAUAUAAUAUGCAUGAAUAUGCUGUUGAGAUGCCAAUGGUGUCCUCUAAUAUGAAAUUGGGAAAUGAAGAGGAUUUGCAAACCCGAGCACCAAAACUUGUCAUCAAAAAAGUGAAUCGGAAGAGCCCUCAAAGGACAGGUCCGAACAAUGCAACGCCUCUAGUUAUACCUGCCACAGAGCUGGUGAGGCAAAAGCUGAUGACUAAUAAACAAGGGACUUUGGCAUUGAAUAAUAGCACCAGCAUGGAUAAUAUUGUCUUACUGCAGAAUACAGGCAAUAAACCAGAACAGGCUAGCAACUGCAACUAUGAUGAUGCAAUGCAGUUUUUUAAGAAAAAAAGAUACCUGCAGGCUGCUUCCAGUAAUAAUGACUAUGCAGUAAGUAUAGGACAAAUGGCAUCUCAACAGUCUGUAAUUCAGGCAGCAGUUGCGAGUGUUAUGGAUAAUGAAAGCUCACUUACUCUGCUGGACUCUUCUCCAAUGAAUGUGGAUGUGAAAGUCUGUCAUGAAAAGUCUGGAAUUCCAGAUGAGGUCCUUCAAAGCCUUCUAGACCAAUAUUCCCACAAGCAUGAGGGCCAGCAUGAUGUUCCUUUUGAUAUUGCUGACCAACAUAUCCCAAUCCAUUCUUCAGGAGAAAAUCCAGAGAUACAUGAGAAUGCUGUUUGCCCAGAUCCACAUGCAUCUCGUGGUGACAAAACAGGAAUGCUCCAAGAAUAUUCUAAGUACCUGCAGCAAGCUUUAGAGAGAACGAGUCAAAGUGAUGGGUUUUCACUAAACCCAGGGAUGCAGUUUUGUCCCACUAGUCUUCCAUCCAGUCUCCCCAGCCAUAAUUUAUUCCCUGAUAAACAGGCUUAUACUACACCUGCACUCGAGUGUGGUUUCAGUCCAUCUAUUACCUCAGUAUUGCCAACCACCUCACCAAAAUCACAUUUUGGUUUGUUGAUUGGAAGUUCCCAACCUGGCAUUCAUUUUCCUGGUACAGAAGCUGCUCAUCAAAGGCUGACGCCAUCUCAGGAGUUAGUGGGGCAGCUGGAACAGCAAAAGAACUUGGAGGCUGGCCUGAACCAUCAGGUCUAUCAGAUUGAGAAUUUUGCCCAGGCCUUUGGAUCUCAGUUUAAGUCAGGUGGUAGAGUGCCAAUGACCUUCAGCAGUGGCACCAACGAAGAGGCAGGCCACAGAAUAAGGACUACAGUUUCUGAAUUCUCAGGGUACACUAAUUUGUUGUCUGAUGCUAAUGAGCCAAUUAGUACAGGAGCCAAGACUCCAACCAGCCAAAGUUACAGGUAAGGUCAUAAGUAUGACCAGGCUGGAGGGCCUUGAGUGCUUGAUACCAUGUUUUUGACCAUGUGUAAGCACAUUGCCAGUCCAAAUGUUUAUAUAUCAGGUUCUGAGAAAAAAAUGUAUGAAGCCCUUCCAAUGCAACAUUUUACCAUUUUGUUUGGUGCAUUCAGUCUGUAAUCAUGUUAGAACAGUUUGUAUUAGGAAUAAAUUUUAAACACAGUGGAUAGGCAGAAAAUUAAACAAGUCUGGAAUUUUUUUCUCAGUGGAUUGGGAAAUGUUUUAGCAGAAUAGCAUGACUUGGAUGGGGUUAAAUGUUUUUUUUGUGGGAUUUGUGUUUUUUAAAAAUUCAACUGUACUAUUAAUGGAAAAAAGAGUAACUCAAAACAUCAGGGAAGUGCUCAACGUUCAAUUUUCAAAAUAGAGACAUCAAUAAUAUUGAGCUAUGACUCUAGUUUGUAGUAUGACUCAGGAAACAUUUGAUGCAGUAAGGGGAGAUUUCUAUUGAAACAAAUUCCACAAGCACUGACUUGAAAGGGGAGCAGAACUUUGAUGUUGGGAACUUUGCUGUGCACAUCUGUGCGUGAAGCAUUUGGUCCCUGAUAACAGCUUUGAAGCUGUAAAGCAGUAACCUCAUUGAGUCAAAAGGAACUAAUGACCAAUUUCAUUUCAGUGUAGUAAUAAAAAAAGGUUUUAAAAAAUCUUUAAAAAAAUUAGGUAGGCAAGACUUUAUUUACCUCAUUCUGCAUUUUGAAAGCCGUGAAUAGGCAGGUACCAAUGCAAGUAUCAGUAGUACAAGUAGCAUGAAUCAACAUUGUGUAAAUAUAAUAAUUCCCACUAACAUUAGCGAUGUUUACAGGAGAAAAGAUCUUUGUUUCAGAAAACUGCAAAGUACAGGGUGAAAGGUUGAAACUGCAGUUCUGUACAGUGAAAACUAUGGGUGCAAAGUAUGUUGAAAGGUUCAGUAUGCUACAUAAAGUCUUUUUAUACAUUUCAUAGUGUUGCAAAAGCAUAGUGUUACAGUUCAGAUUUGCCCAUCAGUUUAAUGGUAACAACCUGCUAUUAUAAUAGCCAUUAAAAGUGUGUGGUAAUUUGCUGCUUUAUUUUUGAGUUUUAAGAAAUUAAAAACAAGAAAUGGUCAAAAGUAACAAAUUUAGUUAAACCUACACAUGCCUGAUUUAUUCACCUAGUUGUAUAUAUUCAAAGUAAUUUUACUUUGAUUCUGUAUUCCAUCCUGAAUGCCUAAGGACUCAAAUGAUUACAGUACAUAAGCUUUGUUAUUUAUAAUUCAUAAAUAGUUUGUGUAGUAUCAGAGAGAGAUCUGUAAGAUUGCUAACAGUUAUAUUGUAUGUUUUGAAAAAGUUGUAUUUGACUUGAAUUAUCUCAAGGAGCAGUUAGAGAAUUUCCCUUAACUGGGAAAAGCCAGUGGAAUAGUAAGUAAACUCUAGUUGUGAAUUGUAAGUCUAGAGUCAAGGAUAUCUCCUAGAGCUUUUCAACCCAUAAUACAUCUAGUGGUAAAGUGAUUAAAAUUGUCUAAACAGCAGUAAUCAAGAUCCACAGCUUCUUUUUCCUUGAGUGUGUUGGUUAUAAUCAAGACUGGUGUUAGACCUGCUUUCAAAUGAUACCAGCAGUGUUCAUGUUGCUGAUUGAAGUACAUCAGUUUAUCGCUAAAAUGACCAAGCCUUUAAACCAUUGUAAACUAAAUGCUAGGAAUCCUAUUUUUUUUUCAGUUUGAGGCUGUCUCCUGCUAGUCAAUACACUGCCUUAUUUUUGGUUCCCUGAUUGAACAAAGAACUUAAUUCAGUCUCCGAUGGAACACAUGCAUGGAAGAAAAUUAACUCUGUUCUUUGUCCAUUGUAAUGAAAUGAGAUUUUUUUAACUGAUAAAAUUAUAACAUUGCAGGACCUGAAAUUUAGAGUGUCCUGAUUGGUUCAGAUUAAGGAGGUCCUCAUCCCAAUUUUAGUGUUCUCUUUAUAAUACAAAAUCUGUUGUCUCCCCAUUGCAGCAACCAACUGUUUCAUAAAUUAAUCCAGUACCCUCUGAUCAAACACACUUCCUGAUAACCCAUUCCAUUUGUCCCAAUUUUGCCAUUCACUGCUCCACAUCCUUGUAUCUUGCUACCCUGAAUUAUCUAAAGUUAUUGCUUUUGAGUUUCUUUACUCUGAUUUCUCAUCAGGGAAUUUUCUUUGAGGUGCAAGAGCCCCAUCUU